UGAUGUUGGGUCAGAUGAGAGCUGAAGGAGAGAAGUAAAGCGGCCCCGAGCCCGCAAUCAGACCCAGGGAGAAGCAACCGGGGAGGAAGAGAGAGGCUUGUGACCUUUCUUCGGUGCCAGGGCUUUUGCUCGCCGAUACCGGUGUCCUUUUCUCGCGUGAAUCGGAGCCCUGUCAGCGUUUCUUGGGUUUUCCUCAGACCAGUUAGGAAUCUGAAGUAAACAAGAAACUAUGAUGUCUUCAACAUGGUCUGAAUAUACAAUUGGUGGGGUGAAGAUUAACUUUCCUUGUAAAGCUUACCCAUCACAGCUUGCUAUGAUGAAUUCUAUUGUCAGAGGAUUAAACAGUAAACAACAUUGUUUGCUGGAGAGCCCUACAGGAAGUGGGAAGAGCUUAGCCUUACUUUGUUCUGCUUUAGCAUGGCAACAGUCUCUCAGUGGGAAGCCAAUGGAUGAAAGCUUAAGUAAAAAAGCUGAAGUACCAUUGUCGUGUUGUUGUACAUGCCAUUCAAAGAAUUUUGCAAACAGUGACAUGAACCAAGGAACUUCACAUCAUUUCAACAGUCCAAGUACACCACCUUCUGAAAGAAAUCACACUUCAUCACCUUGUCAAGGCUCUCCUGGAAAAACUACACUGGCUGCUAAGCUAUCUAUCAAGAAACAAGCAUCCAUGGUCAGAGAUGAAAAUGAUGAUUUUCAAAUAGAGAAGAAAAGAAUUCGACCCUUAGAAACUACACAGCAGAUUAGAAAACGUUCUUGUUUUGAAAAAGAAGUACACCAUUUGGAUACAAAAGUUGCUUCAGAAAAAAACACAAAACUCAACUCUCCAUUAGGAAAAAUAAACUCCUUUUCUGCACAAAAUCUCUCUGUUCAGUGCUCUAGGUGCUGUUGUUCUACUAAACAAGGAAACAAUCAAGAUUCUUCAAAUGCCAUUAAGAAGAAUCAUGGGGGAAAAUCCAAGAUACCAAAAAUAUAUUUUGGGACACGUACACACAAGCAGAUUGCUCAGAUUACUAGAGAGCUCCGGAGGACAGCGUACUCAGGGGUCCCAAUGACUAUUCUUUCCAGCAGGGAUCAUACUUGUGUCCACCCUGAAGUAGUAGGUAACUUCAACAGAAAGGAAAAGUGCAUGGAAUUGCUGGAUGGCAAAAAUGGCAAAACCUGCUAUUUUUAUCAUGGUGUUCAGAAAAUCAGUGAUCAACACACAUUACAGACUUUCCAAGGGAUGUGCAAGGCCUGGGAUAUAGAAGAACUUGUCAGCUUGGGAAAAAAAGUAAAGGCAUGUCCAUAUUACACAGCACGAGAACUAGUAGAAGAUGCCGACAUAAUAUUUUGUCCCUACAACUAUCUUCUAGAUGCACAAAUAAGGGAAAGUAUGGAUAUCAAUCUGAAAGAACAGGUUAUCAUUUUAGAUGAAGCUCAUAACAUUGAGGACUGUGCUCGGGAAUCAGCAAGUUUCAGUGUAACGGAAGUUCAGCUUCGGUUUGCUCGAGAUGAACUAGAUAGUAUGGUCAACAAUAACAUAAGGAAGAAAGACCAUGAACCCCUACGAGCUGUGUGCUACGGCUUCAUUAAUUGGUUAGAAGCAAACAUUGAACAUCUUGUGGAACAAGAUUAUGAAUCAUCCUGUAAAGUAUGGAGUGGAAGUGAAAUGCUCUUAAAUUUACACAAAAUGGGCAUCACCACUGCUACUUUUCCCAUCUUGCAGGGACAUUUUUCUGCUGUCCUUCAAAAAGAAGAAAAAGUCUCAUCAAUUCAUGGUAAAGAGGAGACAAUAGAAGUACCUAUUAUUAGUGCAUCAACUCAAAUAAUGCUCAAAGGACUUUUUAUGGUACUUGACUAUCUUUUUAGACAAGAGAGCAGGUUUGCAGAUGAUUAUAAAGUUGCUAUUCAACAGACGUACUGUUGGAUAAAUCAGACUGAUACUACGGAUAAAAAUGGGUUCUUUGCUAUCCCCAAAAAUAAGAAACGUUCACGACAGAAAACUGCAGUUCAUGUGCUAAACUUUUGGUGCUUAAAUCCAGCUGUGGCAUUUUCAGAUAUUAAUGGCAAAGUGUGGACGAUUGUUUUGACAUCUGGGACCUUAUCACCAAUGAAAUCCUUUUCAUCAGAACUUGGUGUUACAUUUACUAUCCAACUGGAGGCCAAUCAUGUCAUUAAUAACUCACAGGUUUGGGUUGGCACCAUUGGGUCUGGCCCCAAGGGUCAGAAUCUCUGCGCUACCUUCAAGCACACAGAAACAUUUGCGUUUCAGGAUGAAGUGGGAGCACUUUUAUUAUCUGUAUGCCAGACUGUGAGCCAAGGAAUUUUGUGCUUCUUGCCAUCUUACAAGUUAUUAGAAAAAUUAAAAGAACGUUGGCACAUCACUGGUUUAUGGUCUGAGCUGGAGUUGGUGAAGACAGUCAUUGUAGAACCACAAGGAGGAGAGAAAACGGAUUUUGAUGAAUUACUUCAGGUGUACUAUGAUGCGAUCAAGUCCAAAGGAGAGAAAGAUGGAGCCCUCCUGAUAGCAGUUUGUCGUGGUAAAGUGAGUGAGGGUCUGGAUUUCUCAGAUGACAAUGCUCGUGCUGUCAUAACAAUAGGAAUUCCUUUUCCAAAUGUGAAAGAUCUGCAGGUUAAUCUAAAGCGACAAUAUAAUGACCAGCAUUCAGAAUUGAGAGGUCUUUUACCUGGUCGUCAAUGGUAUGAAAUUCAAGCAUACAGGGCCUUAAACCAGGCCCUGGGACUUUCUAAAUGGGUACGGCAGCAGAUUCAGCACCAUUCAACCUUUGAAAGUGCACUGGAGUCCUUGGCUGAAUUUUCCAAAAAGCACCAAAAGGUCCCUAAGGUAUCCAAAGAGGACGGAAAGUCUGUACAGGACAGUGAGGCUACACUUGAAGUAACCUGUGUGAAGGACAGCACCUCAACUUAUUUAUUAGAAACGGCAAGUCAUCCAUCACCAGAAAGCCCUCGGGAUGGUGAAGCAAAAAUGUGUGUCGAAGAACUACAGUGUCAUAAAAUGAUAACUAAAAGUCCAUCUCUACCAAGUGACAUCACCUCCAGAAAGGACGAAAGCAAUCCAGCAUUAUUGGAAGAGUCUGCCCAGGCGAUGAAAGCAGAAAAAAUUGUGAUAUCCAGAUCCACAAGCCCAACCUUCAACAAACAAACAAACAGAGUUAGCUGGUCUAGCUUUAAUUCUUUGGGACAGCAUCUUUCUGGUAAAAUUCUGACUACAACACCUAAAUUUAGGUCAUCAGAGGACUGUGCCUCUAGUUCUUUCACUUUCAAAACAGAAAAGGGAUGUAAAACUGACUUGCCAUUCACGGUUAAAGUUGAGUCCUCAUCUCUGAGAGUAAACACAUCACUUGGACCAUGCGCUCAGUCAGAAACCAUUAUUCCGUCCAUAAAGACUGAUGCUGCACUUCUUAAAAAAGAUCAUUCCAAACAGCUGCUGUGCUGUGAAGAAACCCUGGACCCAGACAUUGAAUUGUCUCUAGUAAGUGAAGAAACCAAACUUUCCACUUCAAAUAUAGAUUAUGAAACAGAAGCAGAAGAUGAAUCUAUCUACUUCACACCUGAACUUUAUGAUCCUGCAGAUACAAAUGAAGAAAAUAAUGAACUAGCUGAAACUGAUAGAGACAAUAGAUUGGCUAAUAACUCAAAUUGUAUCUUAGCUGAAGAUCUUUUUGAAAUUAAGACGAAAGGAAUAGAUUCAGUCAAGGAAAUGAAAGCUGAGGAUUGCACAGACGCAAAAUUGAAUACACUCAUGCAUAUUAAAGAAAGUAAAGUUGAUGACAUUGGUAGUAAUGUAAAAACAACUCAUAUAAGUAAAUUGGAACUGGAAACUCGUGAAAUGAAUAUAAAGAACUUUAAACAGCCUUCUUCCAAAAAUAAAGGUGUGUUCCCUGGUGUUAGGUAAUAAUACUUACUUGUCAAGCGAUAAAAAUAUG